AUGUUUGCACCUGACCCCGAUGCGCUGGCCGCCACCGCCAAAACCCUCAUUGACCGCGCCCAACACACACCCACUGCAGACCCAACCGCUAUCGCCAGCGAAUUGCGCCAAGUACUUGAUGCCCUGGUCCAGGCAAUGCAAACCCAACCCCAAUCCGAACACUCUCGCACCCUAGAAUACGCACUUCAAAUCAUAACACACCUCCUAACCACAGCCACUCUGCACAGCUCGCUUAUCAACUGCGGGAUCCAAAGCACAGUCCAGUUGCUUCGCACCAUGCCAGCGGAAAUUGCAGACACCCCGAGCCAGGGCUGCACCGAUCGCAGGAGCAUCCAGGGGGCGCAAGCCCUAGACGUGUGCUUUGGUGGACUAUCCAGGGCGUACGAAAUCAUCGACAAGCGGAUACAGAACGACCCCGGCGGUAUUGAUGAAGCCUUGCAACUUGCUGCCCAGUGCACUGAAUGCAUAUGCCAGGGCCUGGCGCGGCUCUCAGGCGGCAUUCUGCAGUCCCAGGUUAUUUGGAAAUCGGCCUUGGAAAACACAGCGCCGUUGGCUCUUCAUCUGGUCAAAAUAUGCGAAUGCUCUGCCCACCUGUACGCGCACUGCGCCAGCCCCAUUGUGCGCCGCCAGCAGCAGCAGCAGUGCGCGGAGCAAUGCGCGCAGCUCAAAAUGGGUGUGUGCAGGCUGGUCGAUUUGACAUCAGCAGUCUUCCGCUCCGAGGCGCAUUUGACAGGGGAUUCUGGAAUGAAGCGGUCGCUGAUGGAGAGGUACAUUAGCUAUGUGCUGGGAACCCACAGAUUAAUGCUGGCGUCGCCACCGCAGUUCAAGGCACAGUGGCAGACCAUCUGCGCUAUCGCCACGCAAUUCUCGGCUCCGGCGUUUGACUCUUCGGCGAUGUGCUUACGCGUGUAUAAAAAGUCGUGCGAGAGCGCCGGCUUGGAGGCGAUGGAGGACGAGAAGCUUGCAAGGAGACUGAAGACGCCCUUGGCGUAUAUUCGCUUUGUCGUUUUCCAGAUGCCCUCUUUGAUAGCAAGGAUCUCGGUCGAUGCGUCGCAGUGGGCCGAGGUGGUGUCCUGUGCCAUGGCGAUGCUGGAUGUCGUUUUUGGCAAGUUGUCGGACAUUGAGGUUCUUGCUGGGAUUUCUAAAGACGUGGCCAAAUCGGUGCGUCAAUUGGCUGUGCUGGCUUGCUCGAAAUUUACUGUGACCUUGUUUUCGCACAGCCUGCAUCCCGUUACUCAGUAUGUGGGGAAGCUGGCACGAGCGCUUGGGGAUGUCGACCGGUCUGGCGGACUGGGUGCUUCGCGGAUACCGCUGCUGGACGGACUACAGAGCCCGGCGGCGCAUCGCGAGAUUCUGCGAAUAGUGUUUGAAAAUUUGAGCUCAUUCACUGCGCAUCAGCAGGAAAUGCUCUUGUGCCCGCCAAACAGCAGCACCACGUCUAUUGUUCGGGCAUUUGUAUUGGCCGUUGACCGCGAUCCGGCAUCCAUGUUUGUCCACCAUAGAGCAGACAGCGACCGGGACCAGGAAGAACCCUCGGAGUACGAGGAUUUGGUGGUUUCCGCAUCCCUGGGCGCAUCAAAACUCUCACCGGCGCUUUUCGCGCUCUGGGAGAAUAGCACAUUGUUGGCCAUCUUGUCUUCUUUGCAGGGAGGGCUUGGGGCGCAAAUCAUGGUUGACGCAUGGCUGGUGCUCGCCAAACACGCACUUCCGCGAUCCGUCGUUUUGUCGUCUAUCGGUGGAAUCGUGGAGGUGGUGGCUGCUGACGAUCUGCUGUCGCUUGGUGAUGCACAGAGAGAGUUGUUGCGGAGACUGCUGGCGGGGUUUCUGGCCCAAUGUACGGACUGCGAGCGGGAACAGUCGUCGUUUCUUCUGGCACGUUUCGCCGGGAGCUUUCUGGAUGCCUGCAUGAGCUUUCAAUUGGACCCGGUGGUUCCUCAGUUGACCCAAGUGUUUGCCCACCUGCUGCGCCCUGACUCACCCUGGAUUGUCCGGCAUGAGGCCCUUGUUUGCAUCACAUACUUUGCUACACAACAUGUACCAAGUUCUGAUGUCGUAUAUAAGGCGCUCUUCCACUCUGAUAUUAAUAUUACCUUGUUGGACAUGUAUCGGUCUGCAUUUGACCUGCAGCUGCCGCGAUUUCGGGACAUUUGGAACACAUGCUCUGGAGCAUCCAGCAACGGACAUCAUGUCGCCACUGGUGCGGGAAAGUCGGCCGUCGCUGGUAUUGUGGAUUCCGCAAGAGCAUUGAUAUUUGAUCUGAACUCGCUUGGAGGACCGCUGCCGGACAGCCCGUCUGCCAAUGCCUUCCGCAAAUUAUGCAAACUCGGGGUUGAUGACGACGCCAUUCUGGAGUACUGCAGCGGACUGCUCGAGGACGACACGAUGGACUCUGAGGAGAAGCAAGAGGCCAUAGUCGGAUACCUCGAGGCCAUCCUCGAGCAAGACGUCACUGCGCUGACCCUGGAGACGCAGAAAUCCGCGCAAAUGGCGCUCUCUGAAGCCCUGGAGAAGGAAAAAGAGGAGUUGCAGCGGGACGCACAGAGCCAAGUGGAAAAGCCCAAGGAGAUGACGCUGGAGGAAAGGAAGCAGAGGGAGAAGCUGAUUGCCGCAUACGAGUAUCGCAAUGCGGAGAUAAUUGAGAGAGCCGAUGGUGAGUCGGAGAUUGUGGUCAGAGAGAACAAGGGUGCAGCUGCAGGCGGCAGCGGUGGUGGUGGUGCAGGUGGUGAGGAGGGCAUUUUACGCAAUAAUAAUGCCCAACUUGUUGCCGAAAAGGAAAAGCUGGCCAGGGAUACCAGCCGGACGGCUCACCAGAAGAAGCUGAUAAACUGAGAAAAGAAAAGGAGAAACGACGGACGAUGAAAAAGGAAAAACGGAGAAUGUAAGAUAAACCAAAAAAUCAAACGUGGGAAAGUCUACUUAUCUAUUGGUUUUCUUGUGUCUCUUGAGAUUUUCAACGUUUGAGUUUCGAGACACAAGCCCUCUUUUUUAUACUUUUCAACCUUA